UCGCGCGUAAAGUUGUGUUGACAGGAGCGGUAGGAGUUGUGAGCGGAACAGCGGCAGCCAGCAUCACCGGAGCUGAAUGGAGUAAUCACAAACAUAUUAUUCUAGACAAGGUCUUAUUUUAGAAACAUUAUUUACACAGAUCAAACAGCGACGCCAUGGCAGACGACCAGUCCUCUCAAUCCUGGUCAAUCGACAGGGAUGACUACGAACUCAAUGAGGUGAUAGGGAGCGGAGCCACUGCAGUUGUCCAGGCAGCAUACUGCAAGCCAAGAAAGGAGAAGGUGGCCAUCAAACGCAUCAACCUGGAAAAAUGUCAGACUAGCAUGGAUGAGCUUCUGAAAGAGAUCCAGGCUAUGAGCCAGUGCCACCAUCCGAACAUCGUGUCUUACUAUACCUCCUUUGUGGUGAAGGAUGAACUGUGGCUGGUGAUGAAGCUGCUCAGUGGGGGCUCGGUGUUGGACAUCAUCAAACAUAUCAUCUCUCGUGGCGAGCACAAGACUGGAGUGUUGGAUGAGGCCAGUAUUGCCACCAUCCUGAAGGAAGUCUUGGAGGGGCUGGAGUACCUUCACAAAAACGGGCAGAUUCAUCGGGAUCUAAAGGCCGGAAAUAUUCUUCUUGGAGAAGAUGGCUCAGUGCAAAUUGCUGACUUCGGUGUGAGUGCCUUUCUAGCAGCAGGAGGAGACAUGACUAGGAAUAAGGUUAGGAAGACGUUUGUGGGGACACCGUGCUGGAUGGCCCCAGAGGUCAUGGAGCAGGUCCGCGGCUAUGACUUCAAAGCAGACAUCUGGAGUUUUGGGAUAACAGCUAUUGAACUUGCCACGGGGGCAGCACCAUAUCACAAAUACCCACCGAUGAAGGUGCUGAUGUUGACUUUGCAGAAUGACCCUCCCUGUCUGGAGACAGGCAUCACAGAUAAGGAAAUGGUGAAGAAGUAUGGCAAGUCCUUCAGGAAGAUGCUGUCCCUGUGUUUACAGAAAGAUCCUGAAAAAAGGCCAACUGCUGCUGAGUUGCUGAAGCACAAAUUCUUCACAAAAGCCAAGAACAACGAGUACUUGCAGGAAAGACUUCUACAGAAAGGUCCAACAAUAACAGAGCGAUCAAAAAAGGUGCGUCGUGUGCCCGGCUCGAGUGGGCGUCUCCACAAGACGGAGGACGGUGGUUGGGAGUGGAGCGAUGAUGAGUUGGACGAGGAGAGUGAGGAGGGCAAAGCUGCUGUGGCAGCUCUGCGGUCACCCAGAGUGAAGGACGGGUCCCAGAACAUGGAGCUUUUCCCACCAGCAGAUGGCUCUACAGGACAUCUGCAGCCACCUGGCGCAGCACAUGAGAGCCCUGCCAAUGUGGGCCAGGCAGGAGAAGACCUUCCACCGCAGGCUCCCGUUCAAACAGCGAGCCCCUCACACACACCAACUGCUCAGGAUCCAGCUGCAGCCAAUGCCAGUGUUCCCAUCAGCCUCGUCCUGAGACUGAGGAAUCCCAAGAAGGAACUCAAUGACAUCCGAUUUGAGUUCAUGCCCGGCAGAGACUCUGCUGAUGGAGUUUCUCAGGAGUUGGUUUCAGCCGGACUGGUGGAUGGGCGGGACUUAGUCAUUGUUGCUGCCAAUUUGCAAAAGAUUGUUGAUGAUCCUCAUAGUAACAAAAAUCUGACCUUUAAACUGGCAUCUGGUGUGGAGGAGUCAGAAAUUCCUGAUGAUGUUAAACUCAUUGGAUUUGCGCAGCUCAGCAUCAGUUAAGUCAAACAGAGCCAGCGACAAAGGACAGAAACUAAUGGUAUUGCACAGCUGCAUUAUAGUCAAUUCCAAGAAACCACUACUGCCAAAGAGAGGAGGAAGAUGACAAUGGUGAGAUGGGAGGCUGGCAGGAGUGUGACACUACUGCAGGAUACAUGAGGACCACAUUGAGAGGGGGCUCAGUUCAUCACAGGAAUCACACUUGAAACGUUUACAGUGCGCUUAUACAGUAAAUGGGAGAAGAGAUGCAAUCAACUAUAUGAACUCCUACUUUUCUUUUUUCUUCCUCUUCAUACAUAAGCACAAUCCAAACCAUCUCCUGCCAGUACUGGAAGUGAUUGCCUUUUUUUUUUUUUUUAAAUCAACUGUGCCACAGAACUCACAGGAGUGUCAUGCCACCUUUACAUGGCACUUUAUACUACACUGAAAUUGAAAAGUGUAAAUUCAGCCUUAGUUUGUCAAACUAUAGAUUUGUCUGUGUGAUUAUUUGGUGUAUUCUACAUACACCUAUCUAGUAAAUCUAAAAAAAAAAAAAAAAAAAUCCCUGUUAAAAUUGACACGAUUACCUUAUAAACAGCAAACUGCAGCAUAGCUUCAGUUUAGUUAAUUCUAUCAAUUCUGAUGGAUUUUUACUUAAAAAUGAGCAGAUUACUGUAUAAGGCGGUUCAAGGCAGUGCGAUGAAUUCUCUCCUCCACAGUAUCAGUGUGCGUUGACUUUGUUAAAACAUAACCAAAGUGUUAUGCUCUGACUGCACUGCUGAAACCAUCAUUCAAAUGCAAACAAAUCAGCGGUGACUGCUCUGUCUCAUAACUGUAGUCCAAACACUUUGUCAGAUGGCGUUUUCCUGAGGUAUUAAUUAAUUAUUUUCACAGAUUGAAACCUUCCUAAUAUUCUUGUACUAUGCAAUAGUUAUCUCACCAUAUGUGACCACUAGUUGCAAAUAAUCUCUCUCUUCGGUUGAAUAAAACCACUUUUUGUGCUUGUACCUCAAAAGGAGUUCAUAAAGGGUCAACCAGCAAAACAGGCAGCUUUAAGAACCUGCAGUGAGGAUUUCUCUCAUUUCCACAAGCAUGUUGAGAAAGUUAUCACACCAACAGACACACACGGGUAACUGCUUUUUUCUACAUACCCCUGUAAAGUGUAAUUUACCCUGUUUAUAAAUAUUAUAAAUAUUACAGCUGGGUAGAAUCCUGAGUGCUGGCAACUGAGCCUGAGGUUGCUUGUGUCACAGGGCGACUGCUAAUGAACUUCUGUGGAGGUGUGCAUGCUCAAAAACUGAAAAUGUUCUAUCAACAUAUAAUAAAGCCUAAAGGGGCGGUUCACCCAAAUUGCAAAAGUAGAUUUUGUUACUUUCCUCAUUGGCAUUUAGCCAUGCAGAUGGUUUGGUCUUAGUUGUCAAGGCUUUUGAGAUAUUUGUCUCUGAGAUUUCUGCCUCCACCCCUAUACAAUAGAGGGCAAUGAAAUUUCACUUUUAGCCAUGCUAGUGUCAUGUCUCUGUGGGUGGCAGUGUCGGACAAUCUGUCCAAUUUUAUGGUCUAUGUGGAAGUAACUCCAAAAUUAUUGGAUGGAUUGAAAUGAAAUUUGCUACAUAUAUGCAGUGUCCUUAAAGGAUGAACCCUCCUGGCUUUGGUGAUUCUGACUUUUCAUCUAACUCAACCAUCAGGUCAGAGUUUCAGUUUUUUCACCAUUUUGGUUUAUGACCAAAUGCCUGCAAAACUAAUGACAUUACCCUUGGCUUCAGCUGUAAAUGUUUAGUGCUAAUUAUCAAAAAGUAAUGAUAAUAUUCACUGAAAAAAAGUGAAUAUAGAAAACAUUUUACCUGCUAAACAUGCUACACUUAUCUUUGUGGGUAUGUUAGCAUGUAGCUCAAAGCACUGCUGUGCUAAAGCAUGGCUACUAGCAUGGCUGCAGUCUUUUGAGUUUUGUUGUUGCUCAUAUCACUGAAAUUCAGAAACAACAUUUACUUCCAGAAACAGUAUCCACAUGAAUUUGGAUUGGCCUUGGAACCCAGUUCUCACUAGAACUGUUUAAAAUAAAUAAAUAGAUAAAAAGAAUGACAGUGCUCUAUUGAUUAUCUAAAGAACCUGACAUAACUUCUAACACCACCAUGAGGUUGAGGGUUUUUUUUUUAGCUUGGUCUUUCUCUGACUUUUGACCUGGUGACUAAAUUCAGUCUUAGGUGAACUUAAUAUUUAGUGCUAGUGAGCAAGAGUUAGCAUCGUGAAGGACUAAACUAAGACAGUAAACAUUGUUACAUCUAAUAAACAUCAGCAUGCUAGCACUGCUUCUGUGAGCAACUCAGUAUGCUGACAGUGGCAUUUAGUUACAGCUGUUUAAGAAUGGGCAGAAUGGACAUAGACUCCUAGUCUAAAUAUUCAGUGCUGUGAAUUCACUUUAUUUCCAUUACAAUGAGGGGCAGCAGGAAUCUCAGCAAAGUGAAUCAAAGCUGACUGCAUGGCUGGAUACUACCAGUGGAAAGUCUUUCAUAUACUGGGUGAAGUAACCCUUUAAAACUUCCCCAGAAGCUAGUUAUUACUUAAGUUUUUGUCACUAAGCAAGUUACUUUCACAGUACUGUAGUCUCUUUAUAAACACUCACCAACAAAUCACUGUCAUCACUCCCAGUGUAGCUGUAUGGUUGUUUUGUACCACAUACAAAGGGCUGUGCUGUAGCUCCUAGUUCAGGUACUGAUGUAAAUGGUCUAUGUAAAGAAGCUGUAAAUGUACGUAUGAUGGCAACUUCAUGCACUGUCGCACCAAUAGGUUUGUAUGUAACGAUGUAGAUGCAUUGACUGUCUAAAUGUGCGUGUCAGAUAAAAGGAACAUUUUACUUGUAAAUAUUAAGGCAGCCUGAGAGUCAUCAUGUUCAGUACAUAGAGUUUCUUUGUUUUGUAGUAUUUUCCACUGUUGGCCUUUGUUAGAGCAUCACUAAUCAUGCACAAAUUAUUUGUUCAAUUGGCACCUUAUUGAUAUGUUAACAUGCGUAUUUUUGGAAGUACAUGGGGCUUGUAAUCACACACACUGUGCUUUGAUGUCAUGAUAUGCAGUUUUUCUCACUGAAACCUGUUCGAGGCGAAUGGAUGAAAUGUUAUUUUAACAAGACAGAUGGCAGGUUACACUUUACUCUCUCCCAGAGUGUGUGUGUGUGUGUGUGUGUGUGCGUGUGCGUGUGCAUGUAUGUGUGUGAUCUUGGUGAUAAAAUGAUUGAUCAUCAAAGACUUUGAGCUGAAAGUCACCUUGAUUUUCUAAAUUUCUUUCCCCAUCUUUUACUCAUCAAAAAACAUCAUUCUGCCUCUAAGCGGUAGCACUGAAUGAUUCAUAUUGAUUUAAUCAGAUGAUUGGCAAGUCCUUUUUUUUUUUUUUUUUUUACAGAUAAUUACAUAUAUUUUUAAAUAUGCUUAAUCAUAAAAUGGGUACAUCCAUAAAUGCAUAAUUUAUAGUGGAAAAUUUGUGACAAUACACAAAAUAGAUUCAUUGACAAAUGAUAUACAUUGUUGGAAAAUGUCAGCACAUGCAAAAUGAUUUUUAGUAGCUGAAUAAAGUCACAUGAUGGAAUUCAA